UGUUGCCGUGCUGAGUCGGAAGUGGGAACACAGGCCGCUGAGGCUCUUGUCGUUCGGCGCCGCUGGCCUUUCAGGCUCUGGGUUGUAUUUUCAUGCCGUGGUUUUAAAAUUUCAGAAAGGAGAGAAAGCCUUUCAGGGAGCUCUGCUUAUCCCCUUGUGUCUACUUGGCCUCAACGGAGGAAACGUAAUCAGAAGAGUGCAGAUGCAGGCUGUCAGCUCCAUGAAAUACCUUUGAGCCCCUCCUCCUAGGUCUGGAUGGAGAAUACCUUAAAGUGAAAUGACAGACCAGGAGAAUAACAACAACAUCUCAAGUAAUCCUUUUGCUGCUCUUUUUGGCUCCCUGGCUGAUGCCAAGCAGUUUGCAGCAAUCCAAAAAGAGCAGCUGAAGCAACAAUCUGAUGAACUCCCAGUUAGCCCAGAUGACUCGGAUAAUAGCGUGUCGGAGAGCCUGGAUGAGUUUGAUUACUCCGUGGCUGAGAUCAGCCGCUCAUUCCGCUCACAGCAGGAGAUUUGUGAGCAACUCAACAUCAAUCACAUGAUCCAAAGGAUCUUCCUCAUUACUCUGGACAACAGUGAUCCAAGCUUGAAAAGUGGGAAUGGCAUCCCCAGCCGUUGCGUGUAUUUGGAAGAAAUGGCAGUGGAGCUGGAAGAUCAAGACUGGCUUGACAUGAACAAUGUGGAGCAGGCCCUCUUUGCUCGCUUAUUACUUCAGGAUCCCGGCAACCACUUGAUUAACAUGACUUCUUCCACAACAUUAAAUCUCUCUGCCGACCGAGAUGCGGGGGAAAGGCACAUUUUUUGUUACCUCUACUCCUGCUUCCAAAGAGCCAAGGAAGAGAUUACCAAAGUCCCAGAGAACCUGCUGCCAUUCGCAGUGCAGUGCCGGAACCUCACUGUCUCAAAUGCUCGGACAGUUCUCCUCACCCCCGAGAUUUAUGUUGACCAAAACAUCCAUGAGCAGCUGGUAGAUUUGAUGUUGGAAGCCAUCCAAGGAGCCCAUUUUGAAGAUGUAACCGAAUUUCUGGAAGAGGUCAUUGGAGCCUUGGUAUUGGAUGAGGAAGUUCGAACAUUUCCAGAAGUCAUGAUUCCGGUGUUUGAUAUUUUACUGGGCCGAAUCAAAGAUCUUGAGCUCUGCCAGAUCCUGCUGUCUGCAUAUCUGGAUAUUCUUCUCUAUUUCACUAGGCAAAAGGACAUGGCAAAGGUAUUCGUGGAAUACAUCCAGCCCAAGGACCCCAGCAAUGGGCAGAUGUACCAGAAGACCUUGCUGGGAGUAAUUCUGAAUAUCUCCUGCUUAUUAAAGACUCCUGGUGUGGUAGAGAACCAUGGCUACUUCCUGAAUCCAUCUCGUUCCAGUCCCCAGGAGAUCAGAGUACAGGAGGCCAACAUUCAUCAGGUGGAACCGCUCACCGGGUUCAUGGCUCAGUUCCAUGAAAAGAUCUACCAGAUGCUGAAGAACUUACUCCAGCUCUCUCCAGAAACCAAACACUCUAUCUUGUCCUGGCUUGGGAACUGUUUGCAUGCAAACGCGGGCCGCACCAAGAUCUGGGCCAAUCAGAUGCCGGAAAUCUUCUUCCAAAUGUACGCCUCAGAUGCCUUCUUUCUGAAUCUGGGCGCUGCUCUCCUGAAGCUCUGCCAGCCAUUUUGCAAACCCAGAUCCUCUCGGCUUCUCACCUUUAAUCCCACUUACUGUGCCCUGAAGGAGCUGAACGAUGAAGAACGAAAAACCAAAAAUGUACACAUGAGAGGUUUGGACAAGGAAACCUGUUUGAUCCCAGCCGUGCAAGAACCGACGUUUCCUCAGAGCUAUAACCUUGUAACAGAGAACCUUGCCCUGACAGAGUACACCCUGUAUUUGGGAUUUCACAGGUUGCAUGAUCAGAUGGUAAAAAUCAACCAGAACCUGCAUCGGCUGCAGGUCGCCUGGCGGGAUGCGCAGCAGAGUUCGAGCCCUGCUGCCGACAGCCUCCGCGAGCAGUUUGAACGACUGAUGACCAUCUAUCUUUCCACCAAGACGGCCAUGACUGAGCCACAGAUGCUACAGAACUGCCUGAACUUGCAGGUGUCCAUGGCAGUUCUGCUGGUCCAACUGGCCAUAGGCAAUGAGGGCUCACAGCCAGUAGAGCUAACCUUUCCUUUGCCAGAUGACUACAGCUCCUUGGCUUACGUGCCAGAAUUCUUUGCAGAUAACCUUGGUGACUUCCUCAUUUUCCUCCGCCGCUUUGCUGAUGACAUCUUGGAGACAUCAGCAGAUUCCCUGGAGCACGUCCUUCACUUCAUCACCAUUUUCACUGGAAGCAUAGAAAGAAUGAAGAACCCCCACCUGAGGGCCAAGCUAGCUGAGGUGCUGGAAGCCGUGAUGCCCCACCUGGAUCAGGCCCCUAAUCCCUUGGUCUCCAGUGUGUUCCACCGGAAACGUGUGUUCUGCAGCUAUUCGUUUGCACCCCAACUUGCAGAAGCCCUGAUCAAGGUUUUUGUGGACAUUGAGUUUACAGGAGACCCCCAUCAGUUUGAACAGAAGUUCAAUUACCGCCGCCCCAUGUACCCCAUCCUGAGAUACAUGUGGGGGACAGAUCCCUAUCGGGAAAGCAUUAAGGAUUUGGCCGACUAUGCCUCUAAGAAUUUAGAAGCCAUGAAUCCCCCACUUUUCCUCCGCUUUCUUAACCUGCUAAUGAAUGAUGCCAUCUUCCUUUUGGAUGAAGCCAUACAGUAUUUGAGCAAAAUAAAGAUUCAGCAGAUUGAGAAGGACCGAGGUGAAUGGGACGGUCUAUCUCCAGAAGCCCGCCGAGAGAAGGAGGCUGGCCUGCAGAUGUUUGGACAGCUGGCGCGUUUCCAUAAUAUCAUGUCCAACGAGACGAUUGGCACCCUCGCCUUCCUAACGUCAGAGAUCAAGUCACUGUUCGUGCAUCCCUUCCUGGCCGAGCGCAUCAUCUCCAUGCUGAACUACUUCCUGCAGCACCUGGUUGGCCCCAAGAUGGGUGCCUUAAAAGUCAAGGACUUCAGUGAAUUUGACUUCAAACCCCAGCAACUCGUAUCAGAUAUCUGCACUAUCUACUUAAAUCUCGGGGAUGAGGAGAAUUUCUGUGCCACUGUACCCAAGGAUGGACGGUCCUAUUCCCCAACUCUCUUUGCUCAGACAGUCCGAGUCCUGAAGAAAAUAAAUAAGCCUGGUAAUAUGAUUGUGGCAUUCAGCAGCUUGGCAGAGAGAAUCAAGUCUCUUGCAGAUCUGCAGCAGCAGGAGGAGGAGACCUACGCAGACGCCUGUGAUGAGUUCCUGGAUCCCAUCAUGAGCACACUGAUGUCUGACCCCGUGGUGCUGCCCUCCUCCAGAGUCACCGUGGAUAGGUCUACCAUUGCCAGACACUUGCUCAGCGACCAAACAGAUCCCUUUAACCGAAGUCCCCUCACCAUGGACCAGAUCCGGCCAAACACAGAACUGAAAGAAAAAAUCCAACGGUGGCUCGCGGAGAGGAAACAGCAACAAAAGGAGCAACUCGAAUAAACAAACUGUGAACGGAGCAGACCAGAACCAGCCCCGGCAUGCAGAUAGCAGUUGGCGGUGGUUCGUUCUUUCUGGUUCUGCUCCUUUCCUUUUUCUUUCUUUCUUUUUUUUUUUUUUUUUCUUUACUAAAUUAGAGAACUGCUCUUACUGAAAUGAUGAUAAUUAAGAUUCCUAAGAAUUCAACCGUGCUCCCUCGGCUUGCUGCAAAUCAUACUUACGGCAUCACCAAGUUUCGGAGUCCUCCCUAAUUUCACCCUUUGUUCUCUCUUCCCAUUUUUCCCUCUUCCUUUUCCUACCUUAAAUUAUAUUAUCUUCUUAAAACUUUCUGCCACUUUACAAUUUCUCUUCCAAGGACUGCUCAAACAGUUUUGGUAAGCGCUGCUUUUAAGUAUAGGAUGCCACAUAUUUCAGUAAGAGCCAACGUCGGAAACACCCCGUGUUCUCCUGUGUUUACUAGUUUUCAUGAUCUGGACUUACGUCCUUUGCCUUGUUACAGCUCUUUAACAUCACAGAACUUUUCAUAUAAAAGCAGAUAGCUUGAUGUUUAGACUUUCAAAGAAGAUGAUGGAUGAUUUUUUGUAAAGGAACCUUAUGCAACUUUUGUUGGUAGCUCUGUUUUAUGUGCUCUCGUAACUGAAAGAUACCUUCAUAGACACUCUCCCCUGGAGUGGUCACCAGCGAGUACUUAGCCCUAUAGUCUUUUUAUUGGAAUCGUUAAGGCAAAUUUGCAGUUUUGAUAAUGUUAGCGAAAAAAAAAAUUCUAGACUGAGAUAAAUAGGAGGCUGUUGGGCCCUUACUCUCUUAGGAAAAUGUUACUAUAUGGACUGGGCCUGAGUGGAAGAGCAAGACAACAAAAACUGUCACCACGAAAAAUGUCAUUUUAAGACGCUAGUGUCAACUGUGUAUCUCAGUGUAUGCACAUGCGUACACACGCACACGUGUGCUUUUUUCUAUCUGUCUAAUAUAAACUGAGUGCUACUUUACGUUGCCUCUUCCAUGGUAAGAUAUACGCAGUGUGUGGCCAAGUCGGCGUACUCAUUCUAGACAAAAUUCGGAGACUAUGAUGUAUAUAGUUAAUAUUUAUUCGGGCUUGUGACCUGACUUCUAAGAGCUGCUUCUAACACAGCCUGAGGUCAUCAAUUAACAAAUAGGAAUUGGAGCACAACCUCGUCCACGAGCCAUUUAAAUACCCACUGAGCCCUGUAGUUGGAGGGUGGAUGGACCCCUUUUAGAAGUUCAGUUUGAGUUCCCUACUCAGUUGUGCGGCUCACGCUGAGUGAGGAACACUCCCCUGUGACUCGUCUUAUAUCACGCCCCGUCUAAGCCUACAGGUGUAAGUGAUUAAGAACAGUGAUUCGAUCCAGGACCUUGAAAGGACAUGAUCGUUAACCACUGCAUCUUCCAAAUAAGACGGCAGUUUCAAGAUCUGCCAACACAAGUUGCUGUGAGCCGUCCUUCAUACGUUUUCAGAGGUGUCAGCUGGAAAACCUCAAAUCAGAGAGGACCUCCCACCUGAAACAAAGUAGAUGCCACCUGUCACUGUGCUUAUAAAUGGAAAGGAAGUCCAUCCAGGACACUUUGCAAGUGCUGCAAUGUCAGAUGAAUUGGAUGUGCUCUCUGGGCCUUUAAGGAUGGGUUGACAGGAUUUGUUUAUUUUUAUUAAAAUGAAUUUCAUAUUUAUUAUCCUUCUUUUCCUCUCUGAGAAUGAACUGUAUACACAAUAAAGUCUGACCUACUUGCAUUUAUCUUCCAAACCCAAUCUAGUAGGACAUUUUUAUUUCAAAAAGGAGGAGAAAGACUAGUUUUGCAGGAGAAAAUUGGAGGAAAAUGGGCACAAAACCCCAGAGGCAGCUGCUCCCAGCAGCUUUCUAUUAACAACCUCUGUGCCACCUCCAGUGUCCGUGUCUGUAUUCGACUCCAGUGUUUAUCCUUCAGAUUGUAAGCCUCUUCUGGCAAGCUUUUUUUUUUUUCUUUUUAAGCCUUUUCCUGGAACUUUUUAUGAACAGCUGUGGCACCAUUGAUGCUGCUGAGUAUCGUUAAACUCAUUACCAAGGCAGGUGUGUAGCUUCAGGCCACCAUUGGUAAGGAAACCAAUGUCCUCCGUGCCUUUUUUCUUUCUGUGAAGUAAUUUAAGGACA